AUUUCUCUACCUUUCAAAUGGCCUUCAUUGGUUGUAGGUUUCUAGUUCUCUUCCUCAUUCUCAUGGCUUCUUUUGCCUCCCUUUGUCAUUGCACAUCAAACAUUCCUGACCGAAAGGAGGCAUCGAAAUCAAAUACUACAAGUGAAAAGAUCGUCAUUGAUUUUUGCUUUAAAUUUGAUUAUGCUUCCAGAUGUAGGGGAACCUCGAAGAAGUGGUGGAAAAAGCGAAGGCAAUACAAUAUGAAGAAGAACAAACCUACACGUGCGAGGGUAGGUGACCGAGAAACCAGAACGGUUCCUAAACAUGUUGAGAAGAAAAUCAUAGGCAGUGGCAACAGUGGAAAAAGGGAAGGUGAUACUUUUCCUGGUGAACAGUGGCGUUUACGUUCCAUGGACCAAGGAAAAUACCAAGUAAAACACUAA